AUGGGCAAGAAGCGCAAGGCAUCCCGGCAGACGGAGCCCUCGGGUCCGCGGGAGGUUGAUCCCUCCGACGCCCGCCUGAUGGUCAACUCGUAUGAAGAUCUCGCCGAUUCCGAAGAGGAGCAUUUCAUCAACAGGGACAAGAUCCUACUCGAAGAUGGACCCAGUUCGAAGCGCCGCAAGGCCGACAAAGAGGACGAGAUGCUCGAGUCUUCGGACGAGGAGGUUCUAGAUUAUGGCAAUUCAGAGGACGAUGAGAGUGACGAUGAGCUUGAGGCUCGCAAGAAGAAGAAAAAGGCUGCGGAAGACGAGGACGAGGAGGAUGACCAGGGCUACUGGGGCUCCAACAAAAAGGAAUACUACGAAGCGGAUGCGCUAGAGACCGAGGCCGACGCCCUGGCGGAGGAGGCCGAGACCAAGAAGUUGCAGCAAAAGAAGUUGGCUCGCAUGUCCGAGGCAGAUUUCAUGUUCGACGCUGAUGAAUGGGCUGCCGGAGACAAGGACGAAGAUGCGGAGGGCGACCAAGCAGUCACCGAGGUUCUCAAAGAUGUCGAAAUCACCAGCGACAUGGGCGAUGACGAGGUGUACCGGAUACUGCAAACCAGGUAUCCCGAAUUUGACGGCCUGGUCGACGAGUUCCAGCAGCUGCAUCCACGUUUGGCGGAGUACCAGAAGGCCGCCGAGGGCAAGCCGUCCAAGUCACUCGAGGUCGUGCAGUACUGGACGCUCGGCUGCUACAUAGCCGCUCUGGCGAGCUAUAUUGCUAUCCUGACGUCCCCUGCCAGAGAUGGCGACGGCAAGGACUCUGCAAAGACGCUGGAUCCAGCGACACUUCGCGAUCACGAUGUCAUGGCGACUCUGGUCGACUGCCGAAAUGCGUGGGUUCAUGUAAAGUCUCUGAGGACCCGGUCAAAGUCGACAAGCCAGGUUGAGGAUGUGGAGUUGCCGUCAGAUUCCGCAGAAGAGCACGAAGAACCACAAUCGGCAAAGGCCGACAAGGGUACCGGGGCGGCAGCUGUCGAAACACACAGCAUGCUCAGGAAGAAGAAGGCUCUUGAAAAGAAGAAGUUGGCCAGUGCCAAGAAGUUGGAGGAGUCCCUCGCUGAUCUUAACGGGCUACUGGACAAGCCCAAGAAACGAAGUAAGAAAGACAAGGCGGCGUCGGCCGAGAAGCGUGACGAAGACGAAAAUUCGGACUUUGGCGACGAGGAGAUGCUCGACGCGGGGGCAGCAGAACAAAAAGCCGCCCGAAAGAAGACGCUUCGGUUCUACACGUCCCAAAUUACACAAAAGGCCGACCGCCGCGCAGGAAAGGGCAGGGACGCGGGAGGCGACAUGGACAUACCGUACCGCGAGCGCCUGCGGGAUCGCCAGGCCAGACUCAACGCGGAAGCCGAGCGUCGUGGGCAAAAGAGCUCCAAGCACGGGGAGGAUCUGGACUCGGGAGACGACUACGACGACCACGAGGCUGGUUUGGCUCAAGAGGUUCGCGGAGACGAGGACGAGUACUACGACAUGGUGGCGCAUGGGGCGCGGCAGAAGAAGGCGGACAAGGCGGCGCGUCAAGAGGCUCUCAAGGCCGCCGGCAAAGAGGACCGCGUGGUGGAGAAGGAGGAGAUCGGGGAGGACGGCAAGCGGCAGGUCACGUACCAGAUCCUCAAGAACAAGGGUCUCGCGCCCAAGAGGAAGAAGGAAUCCCAAAACCCGCGUGUCAAGAAGCGCAAGAAGUUCGAGCAGAGCAAGAAGAAGCUCAAGAGCAUGCGGCCUGUGUACAGUGGAGGAGAGGGCAAGGGUGGAUACCAAGGAGAGCUCAGUGGUAUCAAGACUGGCCUGGUCAAGAGUGUCAAGUUGUAA